CGUUCGAAGACUUGACGGACGCUAGCGAUUUCGCCAUCGGUGCGAUACCGUUACAAGAUUUCGGCGAAGGACUCCAACCAAUCGCGUAUGAGUCUAGGAAGUUGCAGGCAGCCGAGCGCAACUACCCCGUCGACGACAAAGAAAUGCUCGCCAUCGUGCACGCAUUCAAGGUGUGGCGAUGCUACCUGACGGGAGCCGAAGUGACAGUACGGACAAACCAUAAAUCCCUACAGUACCUCCGCGCGCAGCCGAACCUCAAUCCACGGCAGAUUCGCUGGCUGGACUUCCUCGAAAGCAACUUCCACUACACCAUCAUGUACAAACGUGGGGCGAAUAACAUCGCCGAUGCACUGACACGACCGUCCGCCCACCUCGCCUCCAUCAUCCAAACCACCACAGCCAAAGGACCCUACUUCCUAAAAGCUGGUACUGACCGUAUCUGGGUUCCCGCCUACAGACUCCUCCGCGAAUUACUUAUUCAAGAAGUCCAUGAUUCUAACCUCUCCGGUCAUUUCGGGAUUGACAAAACCCAGAAGUUACUUCACCGUUUUUAUUAUUGGCCUGAUUCGGCGUCUGAUGUGCAGCGAUACGUAUCCGCGUGCCCGAUCUGCCAACGCAUGAAGUCUUCUCGACAGCGGCCAGCUGGACUGCUGCAGCCGCUCGAGCCACCCCAGCGGUCGUGGCAACACGUGACGAUGGAAUUCAUCACGGGACUCCCGGCAACCGCAAUGGGCAACGACGCCGUCCUCAUCGUCGUCGAUCGUCUGACGAAAACGGGGCAUUUCGCACCCUGUCGCACAACAAUCACAGCCGAGGAUACAACGAAACUUUUCAUCUCCACCUUUGUUCGUUUGCACAGCUUACCAUCCGCAAUCAUCAGCGACCGCGACCCAAAAUUCAUGUCCAAGUUCUGGCAAGAGACAUGGGCCCAGUACGGCACACGCCUCCAAUUUUCCUCCGCCUACCAUCCUCAAACCGACGGCCAGACCGAGCAAACCAAUAAAACCAUGGAGCAGCUGAUACGCACCAACUGCCCAGAUCCUGCCCGGUGGGAAGAAUUCCUGCCCAUGCGGGAAUUUUCCUACAACAAUGCCCCAUCUGCUAUGACCAAUCACUCGCCGUUUUUCCUAAAAUACGGGAUGGACCCGACUGUCUCGACGACUACCCACAUCGACAACCCGGUGCCACGUUCCUAGCAGUUCGUGACCAGUUUGCAAGCUG